CAUUUGCUUGCAAUAUUUCAAGUGAAAAUAACAAACAUAUUUAUUAAAAAUAAACAUUAUUUAGCGGAAAAACGCUCGAACUAAAGCCAGCUGCAGAGUGUAAUUGACGCGCACGCAUACAACGUGUAGAAAAAAACCUGGCGACUCACCACUGAGAAAUUAAGUAAAUAGGUCAGAAAAUGGAUCAAAACAAGGGUUUCAAGUGCGAGGAGCCGGGCUGUGGCAAGGCCUUCUGGUAUAAGGCAGCGCUCAAGCGUCAUCUGAACACGCACAAGGAGAACGAUCCGGAUGUUCCGACCGUCACCUGGGGCUGCAGCGAUUGCACCAAGAUGUUCUCGACCAUCGAAUCCUUGCGGCGGCACUACAGAACGGCCCACGGCUCGGUCUAUGUGUAUCCGUGCGAGUUCGAAGGCUGCAACCAAAUGUUUCAGCGCAAGGAUAAUCUCACGCGGCAUGCUGCCUCGCAUGCGGACAACAAGCAUUGCUGCGACAUCUGUGGCAAGUCCUUUGCCAGAAAGGACGCCAUGACACGGCAUAAAACCAUUCACACACGACAGCCCCAAGCAGCGGAUAGUCGAACCACAUCCAGUUCGAAUCCCGCCUCCCUGCAAGUGCAUCGACGAUCUGUGGGCGCCAAAGUCUGAAGGGCACGGUAGACGGAUUCAUAUUAACCCGGAACUUGCGCCCGCAGCGAACGUUUUGACCGUGAAAAGCAUGUACAGGUCAUACUCCUGGUUGGCAACACACCCGGAGUAGAACAGGACGAGUUAAAAUAUGAGGAAUUACCGAUAUAUGUACAUAUAUACAUAACAAAAGUUGAAUAUGAGCUUGGUUGAGCGUAUCCAAACAAUUAACCAUCAGAUGGGUUCGGGUCAAUAUAUUCAUAUAAAAUGUAUUAAGGUUUGAAGAAAAGCCAAACGUGUUCUAAUGUUAAGUUCAAGCAUGAAAUCAUACUUAAUAUUAAUCAAUUAAAUUAUAUGUAAAU